AUGUUGAAGGGCAGAAAUAAGAAGUUUGCGCCCAAGGUUGGCGGGGCUCGACGACCUACUGCAACCCCCGCUUCGACUCAGUCAUCAGCGCGCCCCAGCGUCGAACCUCAGUCGGAGUCUCUCACAUUGAUGCCCAGCAUCGAAAGAGAUGACUCUCCCCCCCUCCCCGACCAAGAGCCUAUCGCCGUGGAAUCAGAAAAGGCAAAAUCUGUCGUCGACAUCACCAAUUCCGAAACGAGUCAAAAUGUCAAAAAAGAGAACGCGACCAAGCCACGAGCCACGACACUCGCCUCCCCAAAGAGAAAGGCACAGGAUGAUAUACCCUCGGAGCCACCGGUCAAGAAGAUUUCUCUACCUACAUCAGCAAGAAAUGAAGAAUCAAUGGCGCAUUCGGCGCGUUCACAACAAACUGUUUUAGGAGACUCGAUGGAAGUUGACCCACCAGCCGCGGACAGAAUAUCUCUCCCACCGCAAGCAGAUCUCGAUUCCACUUCGCGAGAAGCCACCGGUAAUGUCAUAGCAACUACCAAUCCAGACAAUGGCAACGCUCUGGCACCACGAACUUUCACAAAUCCUGUUAUUGAGGCACAGCCUGAAGCACCACGAAUAGACAACGAAUCGGACGCACAGAACUAUGCAACCCCGACCAAUACCAACAUCCAGGAUACAGACAUGGAAGGGAAUGACGUUGGAAAUUCGCGAGCUACUUCGCCGGAUGAUCCACGGUCACCACCGCCAAUGGAAUACCCCACGCCACCGGGCACAAAUGCUACGUCUGCCAGCCCUGCGCCGGGCCUGAAUGCUGUUGGUGUGGCAGUUUCAGGUAAUGGCGCCGCUGGUACUUCCAUGAAAGACGCAGAAUCAGGCGAGAUGGGACAAAGAUCAUCUGCUAGUCCUGCGGCAAGCUUAGAUGGCGAUGAACUGGGCGCAGAAGUUACGGCAGACCCUUCUGCUUCUGGAAAAGGAAAAGCCAAGAAGAGAAAAACUACAAAGAAGAGGAAGACCCGGGCUCAGGAAGGCGACGAAGCAACAACUACUGCCGACACACCAACCGACAAGCCAAGACGCUCGAAGAAACCCCGUAGGAAGAGAGCAGAUGGAGAGAAGCGUGACAGAAGACGAGCUGCGACACCGGACGAUGCAGAGGAUGAGAUAGUCGAUUUUAACGCCAUGAAAGUGUCUGACUUGUGCAGAGAUCUUCGCAUUGGAAAGAAGUUUAGUCGCCACGAUGCUAUCAAGCAGAGAUACGAAGAGUCGAAGAUCAAGGCACGGCUAGCAAGAGAUAAUCUAGAAGUAGAGCAGCCCGCGGAAGAAACACAAGCACAGCAAGAAGUCGAUCCAGACGCCGAUGAGGACGAAGAUGAUGAUACGGCCCUACCCCCUCCUCCCGGAGGAAUCAGACAAGUCGUCGUUAAUGGUCAGAUUGUCGUAGACCAAAGUUCUACUCAACAUGACGCACAAGCCGCUGCCAGAGAACAGCGUGAGGCAGUCGAGGUUGUUGAAGAAGAUGAUUACUCUCGGCUUAUUACGUCAAAUUCAUUUGCUAAAAAAAUGAAGACUCAAAAGUGGGAUGAAUUGUCUACGGAACUGUUCUACCAAGGCCUUGCUCAAUUCGGGACUGAUUUCGAAAUGAUCGCGAAAAUGUUUCCUAAACGAGAACGCAAGUCGAUCAAAUUGAAGUUCAACAAGGAGGAAAGAACAAACCCCGUACGGGUUACCAGCGUCUUGAGAGGAGAGAAGAAAGAAAUAGACCUGGAUUGGUUCCAAGAGAAGAGCAAUAUCAAAUUGGAAGAUGUGGAAAUCCUCAACAAUGAACGCGAAGAGGUCGAAAAGGAGCACCAAAAGAUGCAAGCCGACUUCCUCAAAGAGCAGGCAGAAUCCAAUGCGGCCAAGGCAAGGGAAAUCAUGGGGGAAGACAACGAUGCUGAAGAGUCAGCAGCGAACAAAGAUGGCGGUGCCGCGAAUUCAGGAAAGGGUAGAAGCGGUAAAGGUGGGAAGAAAGAUAAUGCAGCCAGAAAGAAGAAGAAUAUUCACAGUAGUAACACUGAGGAGACGUUCGAGGUAAUCGAAAGCAUUGAGAAGGACUGA